GAAUAAAUGAUUAACUUCACAGGGUGGUGAAAGUGCAUGGUGAUCUUGAUGCUUUUACUUAUUCUGGUGACAUGAUGGUCGAUGCUUGAAUGUUGCUUGACAAAUUUAACAGAUUCUCGCUCUUAUCCAUAAUCAUCUCAUGUGGACAGCCUGUCCGCACCGUAUCUGCCGAAUGUUGGCACGUGCAAAGACCAGAAUAGGGACAUUUGCUAUUUAACGCAACAGUUUUUGUGACGACUAUCUGAGAGUUUAGAGUAUUUGAAAAUGCGAUGGAAAUCCGUUGUACUUUAGAUUUUUAUUUGUUGCAUGAAAACGUACAUUUUGUGUGCGCAGCUCUUUUUAUCCGUAAUAAGUCCGUUUGGUGGAACAUACCACUGGUGGAAUUUUUAUUUUAUUUUUUAAAUGCAGUUUUUAUUUUAUUUUCGCAUGAAAAUCUGUCUCCAAUUGGAUGGAAACCUAGCUAUAGACAGGUUUUAAAUACUACUGUUUCUCAAGUACAAAUACCUAUCCAAAGCUAACCAACAAUAAAUGGAUACAAGUAAAUCAUUUUAUCCAUGCCAUUAAAAUAUUUAAAAUGUAACUGGAAACUAUUCACUUUCAGCCAUUGACUGAAAUGUUUAAUUUUAGUCCUCUACUUGUUAUUUUUAAUGCAAAUGCUGCCCAAAUCCACUUUUUCCCACAUUGCUAAAAUCAAGGGCAGCCAUUUUAGUAAAUUGACAUUCAAGUUUUGAUUUACUAUUGGAGCAGUUGAAUAUAACUUGUAAUUGAUUAUACACAAUUUUGUUCUCAGUGCUGUAGUAAAAAUAUGAGUUGGUUUUGCUGCUGAGUGGGGUUGUUACCAUGCACCGUUGUGUAGCCAAUCAUUAUGGUUCUAGUACAGCGGAGUUUUAAUCCAAGCCUGGAGGUCCAGAGUACUGCUGUUUUUCUGUUCUACCUCAUACUCACCUACACUCACCUGGUGUCCCAGGUCUAAAUCAGUCCUUGAUUAGAGGGGAAGAAUGAAAAUCAGCAGUGGAAUUGGCUUGGAGGUCCAUGUUUGAAUUUGCCUGCUCUAGGAGAUACUUACAUUUCCCUCAUGUCUGUCACUUGGUAUGUCAUUGUCUGCCAUGUCAGAAUCAUCAUUCCAGAGAGAUUCUAGUUGAAGCUUAUUUUGUGUUGUCCGGAUAAUUAUGAACAAUUACUUGUUUAUUUCCCUCCAGAUUAUUUCUCCAUACACAAUGUGAUUGUUUCUUUCUACUAAUGCCUUCGUCUCCUGUUGCGUAUUAUCAUCCAUGUAAUUUGGUGUUGAAUUCUUUUUGGUGACCAUUUAAAAAAAAAUGAUUAACUAUUCCAAUUGCAAUGCCAAAUGUUAGCCUUCCUUCAGAUACAUUAAAUGUUAUCUUGCGUUUGGAAGGAAUAAAGAAAAUUAAAAAAAAUCUGCUACGCCUUAGUACCUCCUACAGUGACUAAUAUUGGAAAACUUGCUGCUCAAUGAAUUUAUAGACUAUGUUGACAAUGUAGAAAUAGUAUCGGUCCAACAUUUACUAUAUAACCAUUUUUGUAUAUGUUUUUUAAUGUGAAAUGGAAGGUGAACUAGUUUCAGGCACUGAUUUUACAUUUCCGUAAAAAAAAAAAAAUGUGUCCGUUUGUAAUCUUUCUUGUCUUAAGUCUAAGUCAUAUUUUGUUGACAAUCAGCUAAUUAUCUUUAGAUCGCUGUGUUAACAAUCCUUUUGACUGCCUUUCAGAUAUGGUCACUCAAAAUCAAUUGACAUUAGAAGCUUGGGAUGUUUGGAAUAAUAAAAAAAUAGGAGUGUUGAAGAAUCUGUUACAUUUUGUUCCUCGGAAUGCGAUGUUGAAUCGCCACAUAGUACAAGUCACCUACUCAGGAAAAUGAUUCAAUCUCAAUGAGAGAUUUGCAACCAAUGAGAGACUUCCAACCAAUAGCUACUUGUUUUGUAAGCUUUGACAAUAUGGCAAAGUAGUUACUACUUGGCUCAAAUGACAGGAUGGGUGGAGGUAGCAGGUUUUGUUGCCUCUUGAGACUCAUUAUUACUCCUCACAGGAAUUGCCUUCUAUGGACUAAAGUUGCAUUGUUAUGGGUGAACAAAGCCCUAAUGCAAAGCGCAGGUCUCAUCCUGUUGCUAUGCAUUCUCAGGAAAUGUUACAGAAGAGUUAUCGAAAUAUAUGAAUGCAUUUGACGUGCCUUUUAACCAGGAUGGUAUUUUGGCCUACAUUAUCAUUGAUGAUACUUUUUUGGGUCAUUCAGUACGUAUAAUGUUUUCCUAUGGAAUUUUAUUCCGAUCUCUUUUGUUAGUCAGGACAGUUUUGCCUCGUCCUUAGUGUAAUUUGGUCGACAUUCCAGUAGAUGUCGGUAUGUAGAUAAAGUUAAAGCACUGUUUGGCUUGCUUUAUUGCUUUGGUUAAUUUUUCACCUGUUACUGUGGUUAUGGAUUGCAUUUCAAGAUCGUCGCCAAUUUCACUUUCUCUGUAAAGCAGUUUGUGAACCAAAGUGAAAUGAGAAAGUAAUCAAGUAUAACCUCAACAAAAGUUCAAGAUCAAACCAUUUUAAAACUCAUUUUAAAAUGUGCUCUGGAGAAAUGAAUGGAAUUUGUGUAUAUCGGGAAAAACAAAACAUUCUAAGCCUUAGCUAGUUCUACUGUAUUUCCAUCUUCCAGCUUAGCUUAGUUCCCUUGAUCUCCUUAGGGAGAAUUAGAGAAAUGCUUAGAUACAAGAAUGUGUUGACUCAGCCAUAAGUUGAAAAGAAACAAUGAAAAUCAUGGUGUUGGUGUAAUUCUUGUAAACCAUUACAUGGGAUGUCUCAAUGGAAAAAUGUCCUGAAAUGUGCCUAUUGAGGGAACUGUGGAUGAAAUAUCAACUCAGGUGUUGAACAAACCAUGUGUCUUGGUUGGUUGACAACAGCACACCCACCAAGGAAUGGGGCCAUAAUCCCCAGGUUCACUCAGAGGAAUCCUUCAGUGCAUAGGACUUUGGCUUCUCUGCUCUGCAGAACCUCUGACUGAACUCUCUGCUGUCUACCCAACAAUCCACUUCCGAGCACCAGUGUUCAGUACCCAGAUUCACAAUGUCACUUUUCAUCCAUAUAUUGGCCUGCCUGUUUGGCAUGGGCUCCUGGGUGUCWAUCAACGGACUAUGGGUAGAGCUGCCUCUCAUCGUGCCCCAGAUCCCCGAGGGUUGGUACCUGCCAUCCUACCUAUCCGUCCUCAUCCAGAUGGCCAACGUGGGGCCCCUGUUCAUCACCCUCAUGCACCGCUUCCGCCCRGGGGUGCUCAACGAGACAGUGGUCAUCUAUGUGAUCAUCUCCCUGGGCAUGGUGGCCAGCUUUCUCCUGGCCUUCUUCUGGAAGGAGACGCUGGUGGUGGCUGGCGUCCCUCGCAGCGUGGCCCUCCUCCUCCUUACCUUAUUCCUCUCCACUGUGGACUGCACCUCCUCUGUCACCUUCCUGCCCUUUAUGAUGCGUCUGAAGCCCCAGUACCUCACCACCUACUUUGUGGGGGAGGGUGUCAGUGGCCUGCUACCCGCCCUGGUAGCCCUGAUCCAGGGGGUGGGGGUGGUCCACUGUAACAACUGCACUCGGAUGAUAAAUGACACUGGCUCAGUCAGUCUUAGCUACGAACUUCAGGCUCACUACCAGCCGGCCAACUUCUCAGCUGGGGUGUUCUUCUUCUUCCUCGGUGCCAUGAUGUUGGUGUGCCUGGGAGCCUUCAUCCUUCUGAACUACCACCCUGCCAUGGCCCGGGAACGCCCAAAUGCCCGCUACCCUAACGGGGUGCUGGAGAAAGGCGAGGCAGCUCAGAUGAACCCGACAGAGCAGAAGGCCAUGAUCAAACAGUCUGYUAUCAAGCCCAAAAGCUGCUUUGGGACCGGGACGUACAGCCGGAUACAGGUGAUGUACAUGUUCUUCAUCCUGGCCUGGGUCAAUGGACUGACUAACGUUGUGCUUCCCUCAGUGCAGUCCUACMCUUGUCUGCCCUAUGGAAACAGUGCCUACCACUUAUCGGCCACCAUGGCUGCGGUGUCCAACCCUCUAGCCUGCUUUAUUGCCAUGUUUUUCCCAACCAGGUCCUUAUUGCUGUUGGGGGCUCUCACAUUGUUUGGCAGUGGGGUUGGAGCCUACAUUAUAGGCAUGGCAGUGCUGAGUCCAUGUCCUCUGCUGGUCAAUGAAACCUCAGGAACCUUCCUCAUUGUGGGCUCCUGGAUCUUCUUCAUCCUCACUUUGUCCUAUGUUAAGGUGAUCAUUGGAGUUAUCCUCCGUGAUGAGGGCCACAGUGCCCUCGUGUGGUGUGGAGCAYUGGUGCAGUUGGGGUCCUUCAUGGGUGCAGUCACCAUGUUUCCCUUGGUCAGUGUGUAUAGUUUAUUUUUAUCAGGAGACCCAUGUAAUACAAAGUGCCCUUAAAUUAUGCUAAACAACGAUGAUCCAGGCAUAUUCUGAGAAACAUAUUUGACUAAUUAUUCCGAAGCAUGUACUUCAUUAGUAAAAUGCAAUUGAACAACUAACUAGUGAGGUGAACAGAAUUCAACCAACUCGUCAUAGUAAAGUAAGGUAUACCCUAUAUAAGGUUCAGGGUGAUUUACUAUUUGGACAACACCCUCCAAGUAUCUUGUCAUGUGACAUUGGUGCUAUUGAUAAGCUACCGUCAGAGCCUCUUUUCACUUUACACUAGCAGCUUGUGGAUAGUAWAAUUAGGGACUUUUGUCAGUGCAUGCAAAUAAUACCAGGCAGCAAAUAAGCACCUUUAGAGAGUAGCACAUACCAGGUAGAUAGAAAGAACAUUCAGCUCUCCGGAAGAUAAAAGCCUAGUGUUUUUGCAGCAGACGCCAUUGAAUAAAUGGACUUGUGAUUAGCUAUGUCAACUAUUAUGGUUGCCCUAAUCUAAUGUUGACAAAUCAAUGUCUGACAGUUUGGACUUCACAAGAGUUAUGCGGAGAGUCUUGAAUGGGCCAUUCUCACAGUGGAGAAUCUUUCACAGGAAUUCAGUGAUUUAUGUAGCAAUCUUAACAUUUGGUCAUUUAUUUACUAAUUUGGUCAUUUGUUUACUCGGCUCCCGAGUGGCGCAGCGGUCUAAGGCACUGCAUCUCAGUGCAAGAGGCAUCA